AUGCUAUAUGCAUCGUACGUUAUCAACAAAACAACACCGGAUGGAUCACGUGAUUUGGACUUAAAGGGGUACGGGUUAACCAAACCGAUCCUUCUUGACUCAUGCGGCACCGUGUCGAGUCACAAACAGCAGCUCGUGGCGUCGAAUGGCACAGAUACAGUGAACAUGGCGUUGACCUACUCGGUGACAAUGUCGAAGUCCAGUGACACCGACGAAAUACCUCCAGACACAUUAGGCGGGCGAAUCUUCCAAUCGCGGGCUGUCGGCGGGCCGGAUGUGGCAUGCGGUUCAGACGUUCCAAAUUCGCCGGAGGGCAAUCUGCAUUUGGGAAACUACCUGGAACACCUGAAGACCCAUUACUGUCUCGAUAAAUCUACGGAUGUCCACCUCUCGCUGGACGUGACCGCCUAUAGCGACAACACGAAUGCGCCGAAUAGGAACGUCUGGCGUGCCUUAGCUGUAAAGGACAAAGUAGGAAACGUUGUGGGCAGAUGGACUGCGGUUAGCGACCAGGGUUUUGAAAUAAUAUUCCGCAACAAUGCGCGUUACUUUUUCUAUCUGCAUUACACGAAGAGGGACGGAGAUCAGUACGAGACAGAUGUGACUAAGACGCAGAUUGGAUGGGUGUACGAAACCAACGGGCCCUCCGACGAACAUGCAACGCGUAGAUGUGCUUAUGCUGCCAGAAUUGACGGGACGAAACCGAGUGUGACCACCAUAGUCCAACUGCAAAGCAACGACGUAAAGAACAAGUAUAGGCAGAUCACACGAUUCAUCAGCCACUACACGGGUGGAAUUGGAAGUGCGGCCGCGCACAAAAUUUCACCCAAGAAGGGGCCCUACCCGUGUGACUGUUCCAGCAGAGACCGUCUGGAUUUUGAUGAUGACGUCCCCGAAUCCUUCGCGUGGCACACCCAAGCCAGUAUCCCCGUCGUCAACCAGGAGCAAUGCGGCAGCUGCUACGCCAUAGCCACGAGAUACGUGCUGCAGGCACGUUUCCUCAUCGCCCUGGAAAGAAGCAACGACCGCACUCCCGAGCAGGACAAGGCCCUGGAGGAGCUAUCCCACAACCACUUCGACCCCGAGGACACUUCUGAUUGCAGCAUGUUUAACCAAGGUUGCAAGGGCGGCUACCCGUACUUGAUGGGCAAGCAGAUGCAUGAGCUGGGAAUUUCGGUUGUCAAGGGGGACAAAAAGCAAUGCGCCAUCCUAACCGCCGAGCGUCGUUACUUCGCCAAGGACUACGGAUACGUAAGCGGAUGCUCGCAGUGCACCGCUUGCCAGGGAGAAGAGCUCAUUAUGCGAGAAAUUUACGCAAAUGGGCCCGUAGUCACCGCCGUCGACGCGGCCAUCCUAAACACCGAAUACGAUGGAAGCGUCAUAUCUGCCGUUGGUUCCGAGCAUAACUCGGGCGUUUGCGACAUCGAACAGCACCCCAUACUCACAGGAUGGGAAUACACCUCGCACGCCGUGGCUAUUGUCGGCUGGGGUCAGCAACUUGAACAGGGAAAGAUGGUCAAGUACUGGCUCUGCCGCAACAGCUGGGGUGCCGACUGGGGAGAGGAAGGCUACUUCAAGAUCGAGCGCGGAAAGAACGUCUUCGGCGUAGAAAGUGAAGCAGUUUUCGUCGACCCCGACCUCUCCCGAUUUAAACAGGCCCCUGCAGACGCCCGACUCCACGACAUCCACUACCAUUAUUGA